CUCCCCUGCCUUGCAACCUGUCACGAGGCGUGGCUUAGAAGGAUAAAGAAAUGGAUGUUCCAGGCAGAGGACAAACCUGCUGCGCCUUUUGAUUGUCACCCAUUGACAUUCCGCGAAAACGGUGCACGCAAGCACUGGUGAUAUUUAUUUGCAACACUCGGCGUGGGAACCCUGCUACAUUCCCCUGGAAAAUGUUCAAGAAGAUCAUUAUUCUUGAAACUUACGUGGGGAGGAGAUGGGGGUGCCAAUAAGCGAUGCGGGUCAAGCUGGAGACGAAGAGAUGUGCCGAGAUUUUCAACCCAAGAGCCCCACACGCCAAUGCCUGGCCAGGGAUCAAUUUUAGGCUCAUUCUCUGCGCGAAGGGCUUCUUUGACUAGAAUUAUUAUCCAUGUCUGGUCCACAAAAACAGCUCAUGAAGAACGGAUGAAAGGCGUCGAUCCUGAAAGUGGCCAUGGCCAACAUGAAACCUUCUCUGCAGAAUAUCUAUUGAUGGCGCUGCAAUCCCGCCAUUAUUGUCCGGCUCUUGGGGAUAUCCAUUUCGGCUACCCCGGGUGUCGAUUCCAAUAUUAUUUGCGAUCCAUCAGUAUCAAGUGUGCAUUAUUAUUGUCCGCAUGCCAUGCUGUGCGACGUUAUGAUUAUGGUUGCGGCGGAGUACGUGACGUUUGGCGGGCUGGAUGGAUGGAGGGCUCUUGAUCACGUGAGUCAUUAGAUAAUCAUCACUUCGCAGCCACUGACGUCAGCCGCAACUGCAACCUUCCAUCUGUCGUUAUCCUGGCUUCUUCCAUGUGUGUUGACUACAUCCCGACACAACCCAGAGCAGACAUCAUUAGGGGCUACUGUAGCUAAUUGGCCUUUCAGAUCCCUUGUCCUUGACCUUUCUCUCCAGACUUCGACAAUUAAAAUUCUUCACGGGUACCUCGUCCAUCUAAUCCCCGACUCCCGGCUAUUUAUUCAUUCUCUGAAUGGACGGCUUAAUGCAGCUUCCCCCAUUCAUUACUCGCUUGCAUGACUUGGCUUGUUAGUGGCCUGCACUUUAUACUUCCUGAAAUUCCCCUUAGUUGCUUUUGUGGAAGGAUGGAAGGAUGCCUUGUGUAAAAAGCACUGGCAGACACAAGAGGAUGGCACAUCAGAGCAUUCCUGACGUGCAACCCCAUAAACACCGUGGCAAGCAAGGAGCCUUCUCUACCAUUUGCCCGGUUCAUCAAGUGCAGCCCAUGCAUAUAUGCCACCCCAUGGCUCCGCUACUCAGGACGCUAUGCACGGAUGACACGCGGCGGAUGAUCCAGCAAUUCCAUCUCCAUUGGUUGACGGGACAAGAAAAUUAAUUGAUCUAAGAGGAUUCAUGAACUUGCUCAACCAACCCAAGAUGCAAUUUUCAAAGAUCUCAGGCCAGCCCUUUUGAAAUAUGAAUUCGAAACCGCAAAUAAUUUGGAAGAUAUUAGCAAGAAUCUUCAACGCCAUGAUACGGGGUUCAACAAUGGUUGGCCGAGCCCCUAAUCUCUCAGAGGCGGCCGAUGGAAAUCUUGCGUUGCCGAAAAGUAUGAAUGAUAAUGCUUUUUAUUUUGGUGAAAAGGAUGAACAGGAAUGCCAGCGCAGGGCUCUGAAAACUACCCCUUCAAUCACUUUUUAAAUCGUGAAGAAAACCAGAGACAAGAGAAUUAGAAGUCGGACCUCACAACGUCCAUAUGGACAACCAACCGAGUAUGGCAAAGAAUCCAAAAUCUGGUACUUAUACAUAACGGCCGACCAUGUCCAAUAUUUGAAAAUCGGAAUGCUAAAGGCCAAUUUCACCCCCGAUACUCUUUUUUUUUCUAGUCGAUCAUGAUUUCUGGAACAACAUCCUAAUAAUUUUUUUUUUCUCUGCCAGAAUUCAGAGGCCUCGCUAUUUCACUGGACAACGUCUACUUUUAAAUUCCUCAUACUCCAACAAAAUGCAAUCCCAAAAAUGGAAAGACAAAAUUCAAAUUCUUUCAACAAGAAUUCAUGGCCACAAAGUCGAGCAUGGGUGCUUUACAGGGCUACCCUUAACCACGCAGAAACCCUGAAAAAAGUCUGGCCUUGCCCCGUCUGUUGCCGUAUCAUCUACCAUCUUUCUCCAUCAAAUAUGGUACCCAAGAAACACCAAGGGAUAAAAAUAACAAGCGACACUCGCAAACAGGCACUAUUCCUUGAAAUCUGAGAAGUAUACAUUCCCUCUACAGUCUAGCCUCUUCCCACCCUUUCAACGAUUGAUGCAGCCAGGGUAAGUAAAAUAACCUCUAGUUACCCGCUACGCUAUCAACUUGUUCUAUAAUCUUUGGCCUCUGAGGAGAAUUAGGGUUUGCACCUGACGCUCGGUAUCUCACCCUUCAAUCCGGCUUUCAAAUCAAUGGAGACAAUAAUACCCAUGUCAUGUGCAGGAAUGCUUUACAAACAUCACUUAGCACUUUUCGCUUAAAGUGCGACAAUGCCAAGGUGAAAUAGCCACUGCAGCGGUUUAUUUAUCAUUGCUUUCCCACAAGGAAAGUGUAACCUUUGCUCCGCUACAUCAGCUCCAUACACAAAAGUGUAACGUUUUGCUGCGUUACUCUAACUCCAUCCACAAAGAUAUGCCCCUACCCUAAUCCAAAUUGUCGGGAAUUUUUGGAACAAAUCACGGUUACGUGUAGGUGUUAUUGAACCUCAUAUCGACAAUUCUCUCUCUACAACCUUCCGUUGCUGUCGCUGUCGCUAUUUUUAUGUCAAUGCACACUUGGCGCUUGAAAUACGUUAUGGUAGUAGAUAGGUGUUUCAGCAAUUCCCUGAGCCAACUAGGAAUCUCUCCCAAGCAGCUUUCUGAAAAACAGACUCGAGCUAAAAAGGAAAUAAACAAAAAUUCAUCACUGACCUAUGAAACAAUUCCUGUUUGAUUUGACCAUUACUUUAAUCCUCACCGUACGGCAUAUUUUCACGAGGCUCCAUAGACGUUUGCUCUAUCAAUGUUGAACAAACAUGACCUAUGCAGCGCUGGUCCCCUUUAGUGAGCAUCUCCGAAUGUGGAAUAUUAUAUAGUCUCAACCCUGAGCAUCCUGGCCGCAGAAAUAAUCUGAUGAGGUCUCGAUUCAAGCUCAAAAGCUUUCUUCCGAAACACCGGGGACCCUUUGCCAGUCAAAGGCUCGAUAGCACUCCUCUUGCAUAGAAUAUCAUGAUGCUAAAGGGACAUAUUCAUAUGGGAUCAGGGAAAUUAUGGAGAAACCAGGAGAUGAUUAAAUUAUAAGUCCUUAGUCAUUUCCGACUCAUCUUUUUGAGGUUGGCAUCUUCAAUCCAUAUUUAUAUCACCAUGCCUUCCUCCUAUCUAUCCCCUGCUCCCGAACAGCUCCGUGUUUCUGCUUAAUGAGUAAUGUUCGUCGCUGUAGAGCUUCCCUGAAUUAGGUUCAGUCUCACCAAGAACAUCGCCAGAAUCCAUUACCGCCACUCUCAGAAGCGUUCUAAUUUUCUCCUAUAGAGAUUUUCCCCCUUGUCUCCGCCUGCUGUCAUCAUUUAGGGCGCGCUAGUUAGUUAAGAUUUGCCUAAGAAUGUCUGUAUGUCAGCGUGCAGGCCGAGGGUCGGCUGCACCCAAAAAGGAAACUUGCGAAGUUAUACGAAUCUCCAAAGUUUCACCUGCACACAAAAGCGUGCCUUGGUUUUAUACCCGUGUGAGAUUAAAACAUCAAAGUUCGGUCUGCCAUUACCAAAUGUUAUAUCCUAGUUGCCUCCAAGUUUUGCCGCCCCAUUUUCAGCCAAAGAUGAGGGGCUUAUUUCACUUUCCCUCAAUGGAAAAAGAGUAAUCCCAUCACAGCCGUUACACACAAUGCCGAAGCCAACCUGAAACACCUUCACAAAGCUAACUAACUAGCUCCCAUGCUCCCGUAAUAGGGGAAGAACUCCGGUGGAUCACUGGAUCAGAGGGUAUCCUAGUUUCCGGCUAACUACUGCCACUUGCUCAAGGAUAGAAACCUUGGAACAACGCUCCCGUCGUACACAGACAGGAACCCACUUCUUAAACAAGGUGCCUGACGUGAAGGAAUCGCAGAGCUCGCGGACUCUCAUAAUUUUGUUAAUCUAAACUUCUAUUAGUGCUUACUGGGUGUCGAGGGAGGGGGGCCUACACUUCUGAGUCUGCACAAUGCGAUGAAACAUGUAAGGGCCGAGCCAGACGAAAUGUCCAUUAGUUUUCUAACUUCAGUAGCACGUCCGCCACGGCCUUCCAUUUUGUUUAAAAGGCCCGCACAUUUACUUCAGAAGCAAAAGCGAAAUUUGGUGAGCUAGGAUAGCAAUAUUCCACACAGUCGUCCAGUCUUUGCAAAACCUUAACAAUCCAUGGACCGUCUUGCCCAGCCCAGCAUGAUGAAUGCUCACUAACUGAAUCAUCCGUGCCCCUCAUGCCGACGCCUCGCUCUCUAGGCUCAUUGUUAGCUAUUAAUGUGGUCUAUCAGUGGUGGGGGCUAGGAAUAUGAGCUUAUAUCCUAGUAGGGACGGACGUUAAGGGGCCAUCCCUGAUAUCUUGCAGAGGCCCUUUCAGACAAUGUGAAGAGGGAUGCGCUGGCUGGACAGGCUGCUCUGAAGGGAAGCCUGGUCUUCAGAUGGAUUCCAAGAGUGGGAUGCUUGAGGUGGUGGAACAACUGGCAUAAAAAAGAAUGGCUUUUUGACAGCCCUGGAUGUUCCUCUUGAAAAAAGGGGAGGGAACUGUUUAGUAGCAUUUGCCGAUUCCUAGAGUAGUCACGUGAAGCAGCAUGAUGGUCCCGGAUCUCCUAUUGGCUGAGAACACUUCCCGACUCUCUCAAUCACUAAUAUUCCGCCCCGCAACAUAUCCGGAACCCAGAUCGUCCCAGUUUACAUCACUACAUCACCUACACAAAAAGCACAGAAGAGACUACGAAAGGAAAGGAGUUCCAAACGACUACAAAAAUGGCCAUGCAAAAUUCAAACCCCACAAUCCUCAGUGCAGCGGACCUCCCAACCCGCCAACAAAAAUCCCGCCACUCCGCCGCAAAAGCAGAGUCACAGUAUAACGGCGGAAUCUUUGCCCAUGAACUCCAACCCACCUCAACUCUUCUCCACGAUCCCUUUGCUACAAGCUACAUUAACGGCAGCUCCUCUGAAUCCGAAAGCGACAGUGAUGAUUUAAUGGAAGAGCCCAUCGACGAGCAGGAAAUAUACGACCUAAUAGCCACCAUCGCCGACCCAGAACACCCCAUAUCCCUCGGCGCCCUUGCCGUCGUCUCCCUCCCGGACAUCUCCAUCAAGCCCUCCCUCCCCAGCAACCCCGACUCCCCCCUCCGCACCGUCUCCGUCCUCAUAACGCCUACAAUAACCCACUGCUCCCUUGCCACGGUGAUCGGGCUAGGUGUGCGUGUGCGGCUGGAGCAGUCGUUGCCCCCGCGCUUCCGCGUCGAUGUGCGCAUCAAGGAGGGCACGCAUAGUACGGCGGACGAGGUGAAUAAGCAGCUUGCGGAUAAGGAGCGGGUUGCGGCUGCGUUGGAGAAUGGGACGCUUAUGGGGGUUAUUGGGAAGAUGUUGGAGACGUGUCAGUGAGUGAGGAUUGGGGGUUUUGUUUUCUUUUCUGUUGGGCAUAGGGGUUAUUUUCUUACUUCCCGAGGGAGGGCGUUGUGUUAUCGGCUCUUUCAUAUAGAGAUGGGAUGGCGUUGGGGUUUCUUCAUUUCUUAUCUAUUUGCUUUGUUGCUAUGGGAAGGAAUUUGGAUUGCAUGCUUUCGAUUGGGAGAGGGAGAAUGAGAUGAAUGAUAUGACAUAGUAUAGUAUCUCCCAUGCCCGGAUGUGUUUUGACAGAGACCGGGAUUAUUUAUUUCAUAUCUAAAAUUCUAUACAUUAUAUCAUUUGGGUUUCAUUCAAUGCUUUUCUUUUCUUGCCCACAAAUAUAAAUCAACCCCUACCUUAAUUAUACAUAAAUACCUGCAACCCAACCAAAAUGAAAUAUUUCUUAACAUAUCAAAGCUACCUUGAA